GAUAGCAAGCGGACACGCUUGGCUAAGAUUUGACCGGGAGAAGGUCGUGAGUGCGUCACUCAAGUGUGUAGAGAAAUCCAUUCUCUAAGUGUAUCAUCGUGCGUUAAUCUAUCUGGAUCAAGUGAUCUUGACCAGCCCCGAGCCAGACGGGCGGUCCAAGUUUUGAACGCCUUCAGGGUCCAAAAGGGUGCGUAGUGUGUGGGAAUCUUGUGUGAUUAUCACAGUUACUCAGUAGAGAUACUACCGCAGUUGUGUAAUGCAAAAAAUUCUACCAAGUGACAAAACAAACAAGUGUGCUUAUACGAAAUUAGUUCGUUACCCAUCUUCGCCGGCUGUUAUUAGGGCUGUGUAAUUCGGGUGACCGAGGCUUGCAGACUAUGGUAAACGAUGAACAGCAUAAUUUGGAAGUGCAAAUGCGAUAGCACUGAUUACACUUCAAAGUACUUAUUGCGAUUACUCUCCACUUGCGUGAGAGCUGCAAAAUGUUGUGUUAAGCAACACGAGAUCUUCUCCGACGACCUAUCUGUUUAAUACUUUAAUGCUGCUUGCUGUGAAUGCUUCUGAAAAGCGUUUGAAUGGUGUGGUUUACAUUUUCUUACAACUUGGCUUCAUUGACCGAAAUGUUUAUGUGAUAAAUUGCAACAUAGAAGAGUUUUCAGUGAUUGAUAAACAAUUAUUAGUCAACAGAUCAGCGUUCUGCUACCCAUCAAAAUGAGCUAGUAACAACCAAAUACACAACGAAAAAUGUGGUUCGCUCAGAUGUCACUGGACAUCUUUCUUAUUCUGCUUUUGUUAAUGUGCCAAGAGAACAAAGUUCAUCGUUGGAAGGCGAACGCCCAAAUCAGCGCCUUCCGACCAACCGUGUUCGAUAAUACGGAAUGGAGACGAUUUUUCCAUCUUUACCGAAAUGUUACAAUGUUAAUGGCUGGCCGGACUGGGUUGAAAACGCGGGGUAACUUUUUGCAGAGACCGGUACCAGAAUACAUUCCUUUUCCGUGUGAUGCCUCACUCGGUCGGAGUAGGGAACCGCCAAACAGCGUGCAUAAACUGAGACCUGGGGACAUCAAUGUGGUGGCAGCAUUUGGAGAUUCAGUCAUCACAGCCAGUGGUGCUUCUGCGACUAGUUUCUUAGAGCUAUAUACAGAGAACCGGGGAUUAUCGUGGUGCAUCGGUGGCCAGUGGAAUUGGCGAAACGCUACCACACUUCCUAAUAUUUUAAAAGUCUUUAAUCCUAAGUUGGUAGGUUACUCCUACAGCGAUUCGUAUAGUUUUCACUGGGACUCGCAGUUCAACAAUGCAGAAAUUGGUGCCAUCUCGAAAGAACUUCCGCACAUGGCUCGUCUGAUGGUAACGCGGAUCAAAUCAGACCGACGAGUGAACUUAAAGAAGGACUGGAAGGUUCUUACUAUCACCAUCGGCGGGAACGAUAUUUGUGCAUACGUAUGCACUAUGAAAAAUCCAGAAUCACUUCCAUUAAAACAUCGCAGAAAUCUAUUAACUACGCUGAGGUAUCUGCGUGAAAAUCUGCCACGAACCUUCGUCAAUCUUGUUUCGAUGCCAGACGUAGAAACCGUUGUGUCACUUCCAGGGAAACCCACCAUCUGCUGGAUAUUGCACCACGCCGAGUGCCCCUGUUGGGUCGGUCCGAUUCACAAUUCGACGGACACCUCUCGAGCAAGAUGGGCUCGCAUACAAAGACAGUACAAAAAGGUAGAGGAAGAAGUGCCCCUGAUGGACGAAUUCCGGGGACUCGAUGAAUUUGCUGUCGUCCAUCAGCCAUGGACGAAACAACUUUCGCUGAGAAACGAUAAAGUGGUGGAUUUUACGCUGCUCUCCUACGAUUGCUUCCAUAUGAGUCAGAAAGGACACGCACGCGCAGCCGCCGCUCUUUGGAACAACAUGCUGGAACCUCCCGGUAAAAAGAGAAAGACCUGGAAUUCACCAUAUGAGGACUUUCGCUGUCCAACGCGGGCUAAUCCCUACAUUUACACAUAUGAUAACAGCUGAUGGUGAUUGCUUUGAAAACAAAUUGAUCACACACUUCAGUGACAAUAUGCUAGUAUUAUACAACGGCAGAGGUUACAAAACACUUAAAUGAAAUAAUAACAAUAUCAAAUCAA